AUGCAGGACCUCCUUCCAGCAUUUAGCCCAGGUGAGCGGAGGCUUUCCUCAUUGAUGUUUUUAGUUUCCACGAACUGUUUGUUUUUCGGCUGCCUGGUGCCGAUCUACUAUGACAUUGCCCUCAUGUUCGCCAAUCCUCCGGGGAACAACUUCAAGGGCGACCCCUUCGCUUCAGGCUUCCACUACAUGCCCAGGAACAUCAGCCAGAUGUUCUCAGACUUUGGUGUGGGAACUUCAAGAACUUUCAUCGGCUUCAUGUUCGGGGCUUCCCUGUCGAUGAUGGCAUCCAAGUAUCCCUGGAUGCUUAGCAACUGCUGCGUGGAAGAAGCCGUGUGGCUUCCGCUCGCACGCUGCGUCAUCGCGGCCAUUGCUGUCAGCGUGAUUGUCCUUGUCCCUGUCGUCUUUGGACCCAAUGAGGAGUACGGGUACAUGAUCAACAACUUGGUCCACUUGUUUUGGGCAUGCAUCCU